AAUUACUGUAGCUCCUUAGCCUGAAGCAGCAGAGGCUGCAGUUUCAUAGUGCGGACUCUGGGCGCCGCUGUUGGCCAGAGUGGAGAGCUCGGCGCUGGUGAUCGCCUCGCGCAGCCGCAGCUCGCUUUCCUCAGCUCUCUCGCUAGAGCUGGCCUUUCCACCGCUCCCUCCUCUGGAAAAGAAGAAACCCUGACCCCCACGCAGGAACUAAAGGCUGUUCGGGGCUCUGGACGUCCGCGACACAGACAUUACUGGUCAUCCGGCGUCUUCAGGCCGGUGAGCACGCUGAGGGGAGCAAGAGGGAUGGGGAGCGGCGCUGGGGACUGGGGCUGGGCUGAGCGGCGGCCAGUGCUCUUUCCCUUCCUGCUGUCUUUGUUCUGCCCGGCGCUCUCUGAGCCGCUCCGCUACCGGAUUCCCGAGGAAAUGCCCGAGGGCUCGGUGGUGGGGAACCUCGCCAAGGACCUGGGACUCAGUGUCCGCGAGUUACCGACUCGAAAACUGCGCGUCAGCUCUGAGAAGCCUUACUUCACUGUGAGCGCAGAGCGCGGGGACUUACUUGUGAGCGGCAGGCUGGACCGGGAGCAGAUAUGCGGGAAGAAGCCAGUAUGUGCUCUGGAAUUUGAGGCUGUUGCUGAAAAGCCAUUGAACUUUUACCACGUGAACGUGGAGAUCGAGGAUAUUAAUGACCACCCUCCCAAAUUCAUGCAAAACUCCUUUGAGCUGCAAAUAAGUGAGUCCACACUGCCGGGCACGCGAUUUAUAUUAGAAGUAGCGGAAGAUGGCGAUACUGGCCUAAACUCUCUGCAGAAUUACAAACUCUCUCUAAGUCCUAGUUUCUCCUUGAUAAAUAAGGAGAAACCAGAUGGUAGUAAAUACCCGGAACUGAUAUUGGAGAAACCCUUAGACCGGGAACAACAGAAGCAUCAUCGAUUAGUCCUCACUGCCUUGGACGGCGGAGAUCCACCCCUAAGCGGUACCACUGAGCUCCAGAUCCAGGUCACCGACGCCAAUGAUAACCCCCCUGUAUUCAAGCAGGACGUGUACAGAGUCAGGCUUUCAGAAAACGUGCCACCGGGCACCACUGUGCUGCAGGUGUCAGCCACCGACCUGGAUGAGGGCCUCAACUCAGAAAUAACGUAUUUUUUGUACAGGACGGGGCAAGUGUUCCAUCUGAAUUCAAAGAGCGGGGAAAUUACCACUUCGCGGACACUGGAUUACGAAGAAAUCAAGGAGUAUUCUCUGGUGGUGGAAGGAAGGGAUGGUGGAGGACUGGUGGCACAAUGUACAGUUGAAAUUAACAUUCAAGAUGAAAAUGACAACAGCCCAGAAAUUACAUUCCAUUCUCUGGUGGAAAUGAUUCUGGAAAACGCAGUGCCAGGAACUCUAAUUGCUUUCAUCAAAAUACAUGACCGUGAUUCUGGGGAGAAUGGGGAGGUUAAUUGUCGAUUAGAAGGUCAAGUCCCCUUUCAGAUCAUCUCUUCAUCCAAAAGUUCAUAUAAACUGGUAACAGACGGGACCCUGGAUCGAGAACUGACCCCGGAGUACAAUGUCACCAUCACAGCCACCGACAGGGGCAAGCCGCCCCUCUCCUCCAGCACCACCAUCACCCUGCACGUCACAGACGUCAACGACAACGCCCCGGUUUUCCAGCAGUCAGCCUACCUGGUCCACGUGCCAGAAAACAACCCGCCCGGGGCCUCCAUCGCGCAGGUCAGCGCCUCCGACCCCGACCUGGGACUCAACAGCCAGAUCUCCUACUCCAUCGUGGCCAGCGACCUGGAGGCACGGGCGCUGUCGUCCUACGUGUCCGUGAGCGCGCACAGCGGGGUGGUGUUCGCGCAGCGCGCCUUCGACCACGAGCAGCUGCGCGCCUUUGAGCUGACGCUGCAGGCCAGCGAGCCAGGGCUCUUCCGCGCACAGCGGGGUGGUGUUCGCGCAGCGCGCCUUCGACCACGAGCAGCUGCGCGCCUUUGAGCUGACGCUGCA